UUUUUUACUGUAACCAAAGUCCCUUUUUUGCCGAUCGAGCGCAGUUCUCUCCUCUCCCCGGAAUCUGCAAAUCCUUCAAUUCGCGAUUUGAAGUUUCGAUUCUUUUGUUUUUUGCACGCAUUGAGAAGAUCUCUGGGUAUUUUUUUGUAUUGCGUAGAAAUUCAGGGAUUUCAUUCGUAGAUUCUCUUAGGAUCUUAGGGUUUUCUAGGGAUGACGACGAAUUUCGAUCGAUGGGAGAAGGAUCCUUUCUUUGCUGCUGCUGAGGAGGUUCAGGAAUCCGCUGACAGGAUGGAAUCGACGUAUCGGACAUGGAUCCAUGCGAAAAGAAACCGUUCAAAUGUGUGGGACUGUGAGCAAUUGCAUCGAGAUUUGCAUACUGCUCUCGGAACUACCAAAUGGCAGUUGGAUGAGUUUCAGAAGGCGGUCCAAUCUAGCUACGAUGAACAGAUGAGUGAUGAUACCCGGGACAGGCAUCGCGAGUUCAUUGUCGCUAUCGAAAACCAGGUUUCGAAAAUCGAGAAAUCCAUGAAGGAUACAGCUCAUUCUGAAGGAAAAGGGACCCCGAGAUGGGUACGGUUGAAUGAAGACGAGCGUGAUGAACUCGCGCUGUUCUUGACUGGACCAUCUGAAUCUGAAGGGAACAUACAUUCAAAUAAUCAUGUCAGAGUAAAUGAUCUGAAAGAGGUUUCGGAUAAAGAACCAACGGGUGCUCGUUUAAAGAAUCCGAGCGAUACAAUGGUCUGUGUUCCUCUGGAAAUCCAGGAGGGGAAGCCGCAUGGACAUAGAAGAACAGCUAGUUGUACUGCCGAAACUGGUGCUUGGAAUAUUUCGAUAUCUGAUGACAAUUUCUUGCAAAAUUCUUCCGAUGAAACAGUGGUGAGGGUACCUCGGAAGGUGCCCAGCUUCUCUGGGUUCUUGAACUUUAUGGAACCCACAGCCAAUGUGAAUUGGUCGAAAAAUUGUGUUAGAAAGUGGAAAGCUGCAGAUCGUCAACAGGAAUCUGAUGUUGCAUUAUUGCCUACCCAAGCUCAUAGACAAGUUGUAAAUGCAUCAUGCUAUGAGAGAAGCAAGAGCUGUCUGGAAUGUGAAGAGUGCUAUGAAAAACCUCUUCACGGUUGGUAUGGAGCAUUACAGAGGCAACUUCAACGGUCUCAGUAUCAAAUGCAGUACAGUAAACCGGUCCAAGUCACAAUUUGGAUUCUUCUCGUAAUUUUCCUUAUCGUUUUAGUUGCUGUUCACACAAUGUAAAGACUUUAGCAGAAGACAUGCAACAACAACAUCCCACAUCUUGGGAACUGAUUGGUGAGAGAUUGAUUGUCUGCUCCAUAUUGAAAGUGGACAGACACUGCGGAAAGAGAGAAGGGAGAACAUUCUGUAUUUUCUUACCCCUUUCUGUUUUUGAUCUUAUAGCGAGAUAUCUAAGAACGAGUGAAUUCUUGCUUCUGUGGUGUGAUGUGAUGUUGUAAUAUAAAACCACGAUUUGGAAAUUCGACCCUUUUCUUUUU